AUGUCGGAAGAGCCUCUAUUCGACCCAUCGCUAAAGAAGCGAAAGAAGAAGGCCGUUGUCUUCAUCGAGGACCCACUCGGUGCAGAUGCGGAUCCUACAAAACCAGCACCGGAGACCAUCGACAGCACCACAAUCAGCGGAGAGACUGUCGAUCUUGGUCCGACGACUGCCCAUGAGCUCAUGAGCAAGUCGGGAGGAUCGGAGGCGAAGUCUGAGAAAAAGGAGAAAGAGGAUGAUGAAUUCAAGGCUAUGUUUGGCGAUGUGAAGAAGAAAAAGAAGAAGAAAGAGAUUCCUCUUGACUUUGGAGAAGAUUCUGGCACGUCGACGCCAGCGGCCACAGAGAAGGCCUCCAACGAUGCCUCGCAAGGACCCACAAUCACGGCCGACGAUAUCGACUUCUCUGACAUGAAGAAAAAGAAAAAGUCGGGCAAGAAGAAGGUCGAUCUCGAGGCCUUCGAGAAGGAGAUCAACGAGUCCAAGGCCAAGUCGAAAGACGAUGGCGCAGACGAGGAGGAGGAGGGCCUUGAGCCAGAUGGCUCACAUCUCGACAAUAUCGAUGAAGCUGAACUUGGAGACGAUCCAUUCGCCCAUGCAGACGCGCCCGUCGGAUUGGAUGCUGGGAACGAAGCUUGGCUGAAGAGCGAUCGCGAUUAUACGUACCAGGAGCUGUUGACGAGAUUCUACGCGUCUCUACACGCCGCAAAUCCGUCACUCCUCUCCAGUGCCUCCAAAAAGCGAUAUACGAUUGCACCGCCACAACUCUUCAGGGAAGGAAACAAGAAAUCCAUUUUCGCGAACGUUACGGAGAUCUGCAAGAAAAUGCACCGUCAGCCUGAACACGUUAUUGCGUAUUUGUUCGCCGAAAUGGGUACGACAGGUUCCGUCGACGGUGCCGGCCGCUUGGUUAUCAAGGGACGCUUCCAACAAAAGCAGAUUGAGAACGUUCUACGACGGUACAUGGUUGAAUACGUCACCUGCAAGACAUGCAAAUCGCCGGACACGCUCCUCACGAAGGAGAAUCGUAUCUUCUUCAUGGCCUGCGAGUCCUGUGGAAGUAGGCGGUCGGUUAACGCGAUCAAGAGUGGUUUCCAGGCGCAGGUUGGAAAGAGAAGCAAGAACAAGACGGGUUGA